AUGGCUACUUUAGGAUAUUGGGGUUUUAGAGGUUUAGCAUAACCUAUUCGUUUUUUAUUAGCUUAUUUGGGUGUACAAUAUACUGAUAAACACUACACAAAAGGAGAAGAUUGGUUUGAAAAUGAUAAAAAGAAUUUAGGAAUGGACUUUCCUAAUAUUCCUUAUUUCAUUGAUAACGAUAUUAAAAUUAGCGAAUCAUCUGCAAUCCCUUUCUAUAUAAUCAAGAAGUAUAAAAAACCCGAACUAUUAGGCUAGAAUGCCGACGGAUCUUUCAACGAAAAGGAAAUUAAAGUUCAAUAAGUGAUCGGCGUUAUUAAAGAUAUCAAUAAAGAAUUGAUGGGACUUUGCUUCAAUCCUGACUUUGCUAAUGCCAAAGACAAGGUUUACAACGAAAAACUUUCAGUAGGUCUUAAAAAAUUAAAUGACUUCUUAGGCAACAAAGAUUUCUUGCUUGGUACUCUAACAUAUGCAGAUUUCUUAUUCUAUGAGACACUUUCUUACUUCAAACACAUUUUCCCUUAAAGUAUUACUCCUACCCUUGCAAAUUACUUAAAUAGAUUCCAAAAUCUUCCUGGAGUCAAGGAAUAUAUUGCUAAACCUUCAGUAGAUCUUAAUGCCUUUUUACCUCCCUAAAGAGCUGCUUGGCAUGGUCCUAAAUGA